AUGGCGCCGUCGGCGCUCGACGUCGGCGAGCACACGCUGGAGCCCAUCGAGCACUGGCUCGACGGCAUCAAGGCGGGCUUCGCGGAGAAGUUCUACUGGCUGUUCAGCGGCAUGGGCAUCGAGGACACGGAGGACUUGCGACUGAUGAAGGCGCACCGCGUCGCGGCCAUGCGCGAGGAUUUGGUGCUGGAAGGCUGCAAGCCCGUGACGUUGGACCGGCUCAUGGACGCGGUCAAGGCCGCGCGGCGGCCGCCGCGGCGGCCCGGCCGCCGCAAGAAGAAGGUGCGCCAGUCCAAGUCCGCGCGCAAGCUCUACGUGCCGCCGCAGCGGCCGCCGGACGACGGCGGGCGCGCGCGCGCGUCGCCGCCGCGGCCGCGGCCCCGGUCCGCGCCCGCGCGGCGCCGGCCGCAGCCGCGGACGCUCGCGGAGCCGCCCGCGAAGGACCCGGCCGCGGAGGAGCCGUCGAUCCACGUGCCCGUGGCGCCGCCCGUCGUCGUCCAGCGCGGCGCGACGGGCUGGGAGGCCGCGGACGAGGAGCGGCAGAAGCGGCUCGACCGCCUCGUGCGGCGGCGGUCGCUCCCGGAGCAGCCGCGCGCGCCGUCGCCGCGGACGCUCGUCGUGGAGAAGGGCGACGGCGGCAACUGGGCGUUCCGCGUCGACGAGGACCGCGCGAAGAUCUGGGAGCGCAUGAUGCACUCGCCGCGCGCGGCGCGCGGGCCGGAGCCGCCGCCGGAGCCCGCGCGGCCCGCGAGCGCGGGGCCGACGCGGCGCCUGCACGUCGAGAAGGUGCGGGGCGCCUGGACCUGGCACCUCGACGACUCGCGGAAGAAGCGGCCCCAGCGGCGCGGCGACGAGCUCGCGAGCCCCCGGCGGGACCGGCGGCCGUCGAAGUCCUACGGCGAGGACACGGCGGCGGGCGUCCGGUCGGACCUGAAGGGCAAGCCGCGCGUGAGCGCGGACGACAAGCCGCGCGUGAGCGCGGACGACGUCGGACGUCGGUGGAAGGAGGGCGCGGGCCUCUACAAGCCGCUGCGCGUCAACGGCGUCCACGUCGACGCGCUCGCCGAGGAGGAGCGCGAGGAGCAGGAGCGGCUCCAUUCCAACCGGAAGAAGUUCUACGUCGCGCCCAAAAAACACGUCGAGUUCAGCCACCGGCUCUCGGAGGCCGUCAAGCGGCAGCGCGCGUGGAUCGAGAAGAAGGCGCGCAAGGGCGCGGACCACGGCGGCAUCCACUUCGCGGCCAUGAAGGGCCACGACCUCCCCGGCGAGGACGAGAAGGCGAAGACGCCGGAGGGGACGCCGCGGUCGCCCCUGAGCGCCGCGCGGUCGCUCCGGUCCGCCGCCGAGGACGACGACGCGGAGGAAGAGGAGGCCGAGGACCUCUUCGCGGGCCUGUCGUCCAUCGCGCGCUUCGUCGCCUUGGCCGCGGCGACGCGGAACGACUGGGACACGGCGCGCGCCGCGGCCUCGCCGCCGCUCGCCCAGCGCGCCUCGGACGCGGACGACACGAGGAGGAGCACGUCGCCGCUGCCCUCGGCCGUCGUCGCGGCGACGACGGCGCGCCGCGGCGUCGACGAGCCGCCCGGCGUGAUGGCCGAGAAGGACACGUCGACGAGGCGCGCGGCGCCGGCGGAGACGUCGCGCGUGAUCUUCACGUCCGCCGAGGCUGCACCCGCGCCGCCGCCGCGGCCGCCGCCGCCCGUGGGCGAGGCGGGCCCGGCCCCGUCGGACGCGGCCGUCGAGGCCAUGUUCGCCAAGCUGUUGCAGCUGCAGCUCCUCCCCGGCGACGCCCAGCAGCGCCUCAUCGCGACGCUGAGCAUCGACAAGAAGCAGCAGAUGAUCAGCAUGCACGGCGCCCUCCUCGCCGACGACGCCGCGGCGUCGAAGAGCCGCUUCACGGCCGGCGAGGACGGCGCGCUGCUCCAGCUGAUCCGCGACGCGGACGCCGCGUGCGCCGAGGGCGGCGCGAGCGGCGCGGGCGCGCUCGGCGGCGCGCUGAGCGUGCGCGGGGCGCUCUUCCAGCUCACGCAGCGCCUCGGCGAGCUCCACACGCGCCUGAAGACGGCGAACCGCGAGUGGCUCCGCGGGUUCCUGGACCACGGCGGCCUCGAGCUCGUGUCGGCCGUCGCGCGGAAGCGGCUGAUCCGCGACCCCUUCCUCAAGCCGGACCUCGCGGCCGUCGAGGCGGCCCUGCGCUGCUUCAAGACGAUCUGCAACAACGCCGACGGCCUCGCGGCCGUCGUGUCCGCGCGCGGCGCGCUCGACGUGCUGGCAGCGUGCUGCGAGCCGACGGCCGCGCUCGCGUCGGUCCACGGCGAGGCGCUGGACAUCCUGUGCGUCGCCGUCUGGGCCAGCGACGGCGCGCGGAGCGCCGUGCUGCGGUCGCUGACGCGCCUGAGCCACCAGCGCCUCGAGGCGCCGUUCGCGUUCGCGCGCGCGCUCGUCAAGCGGAGCAAGUCCGUGCCCGUCAAGGCGAAGACGAUGGCGCUCUGCAACCAGAUCAUCAUGAAGGCGCCGGAGCUCGAGGAGCGCUGCGCCUGGCGCAACUGCCUCCUGGCCGCGGGCGUGCCGUCGGCCGCGCUCGAGGAGGCGGCGAAGGCGGAGCGGCUCUACGAGGCCUACGACCCCGACGACGACGACGACGACGACGACGACGAGGACUCGGACGACGACGCGGAGGUGGAGAUCCGCGGCACGCUGGUCCACGACCCGGAGAACGGCGUGGACCCGCGCAACGGCAAGAUGAAGGGGUCGCUCGUCGCGGCCAAGGCGCGGUCCGCGAAGAUCAACGCCGUCGCCAAGGCCUUGGGCGGCAAGGCGACGAAGCACCGCAUCUACGAGCUCGACGAGGGCAUCCUGAGCUGGUCCAUGGAGAAGGACGACGAGGUCACGAAGUCGGAGCAGCGCGUCUACAUGGACGAGGUCUUGGUCGUGCGACCCGCGACGACGCACCAGGAGAUCUUGGCCGUCGCCCCGCUGGCCGUGGAGCUGGUGUUUGCGCCGCCGCGGCACCCGCUCGUGCUCGGCGUCGAGGACGAGCGGGACCACGACGCCUGGUUCACGGCCUUCAAGGUCGCGCGGCGCGACGCCGCGUUCUACGGCGGAGAGAAGGAGUCAAUGGGAGAGGCGUCCAAGGACGUGCGCGCGAACCGCGCGCGGUCCGAGCUCGCGCCGGACCAGCUUUUAGCCGAAACGAAGAACCUGCGGAAGCAGUGCGAGAUCUUCCGCGCGGUGUCCGACGCGGACCGCGAGAUCACGGUGCAGCCGCUGCUCGGCGACGGCGUCGACGGCGCGGACGUGGGCGGCCUCGCGGCGCUCGUCGCCGAGUCGGCGGCGCGGGCCGGCGCGCCCGACGUCGCCGUGCGGCUCCUCCAGGAGCUGCUCCUCUGGCCCGUCGAGGGCGCGCUCGGCGCCGCGAGCGCGUGGCGCCUCGCGCUCAAGUCGCUGUCGUUCACGCGCGAGCGGCGCCGCGAGCUCGAGGCGGGCCUCGCCGACGGCGGCGACCCCUACGUCGGCGCGGCGCCGACGCAGGAGCGCAAGCACCGCAAGGCCAGGAGCGCCUGGUCGUCCCACGCGCUCGCGCUCGGCGCGAUGGUCGAGCGCCAGCGAGAACGCGAGGCGGAGCUCGCGGCCGCGCUCCCGCCGCCGCCGCCGGCCCCGGUCGUGGUCGUCCGGGCGCCGCCGGGCGCGACCGCCGCCGCGGACCCGGCCUACGCCAAGUUCCACAAGAUGCUCAGGAUGCACGUGCCGCGCGGCGCGGUCGAGGCGAAGAUGGCCGCCGAGGGCCUCGACCCCGCGCGCCUCGACGACGCGCCGCCGCCGGCCGCGGCCGCGCCGGUGGCCGCGGCGGCCCCCGCGGAAGAAGAAACGCCCCAGCUCGGCCUCGCGGCCAUGCUCGCCGCGCGCGCGGGCCCGCCGAAGCCCGCGGCCGCGGCCGCGGCCGCGCCCGCGGCGGCCGGCGGCGCGGCGAGCGACCCCAAGUACGCCAAGUACUUCAAGAUGCUCGCCAUGCACAUACCGAAACCCGCGGUCAUGAUGAAGAUGUCCGCCGAGGGCCUGGACCCGCGCGUGCUCGACGGCGGCGGCGCCGCGGGCCCGCCGCUCAGAGACGACCCCAAGUACGCCAAGUACUUCAAGAUGCUCGCCAUGCACGUGCCCAAGGGCGCCGUCGCGGCGAAGAUGCUCGGCGAGGGCCUGGACGCGUCGCUCCUCGACUGCGACCCGUCGAAGCCCGCGCCCCCGGGCAAGGGCAGCGGCCUCCCCCCGAAGAAGAAGGCCGCGGGCAAGAAGGCCGCGGCCGGCGCGCGGCUCAAGGGCGCCUUCUGGACGAAGCUCGGCGACGACGAUCUGAAGGGCACGCUCUGGGCGGACCUCGACGAGGGACGGGGGCGGGCGGGGUCCACGGUGCCCCUGCCGUCGCGCGACGCUUUGGUGGCCGCGUUCGGCACGACGAAGGCCGCCAAGGACGACAAGCCCAAGGAGAAGAAGCCCAAGGGCCCCGUGCUCACGCACCUCGUCGACGGCAAGCGGAACCAGAACGUGCUCAUCGGCCUCGGCCGCGUCAAGCUGAGCCCCGCGGAGACGCGCGACGCGCUCGUGGCGCUCGACGUGGACAAAUUGCCGUCGCUCGGCGACGCGUCCGGCGCGGAGAUCUGGCUCGGCCUCAUCCCGACGGACGAGGAGACGCAGCUGGUGACGGGCUGGCUCACGGCCAACGGCGGCGACGGUGCCCUCGAGAAGCUCGCGCCCGUCGAGAAGUUCUUCGCCGUGGUUUCCGGUGCGCCCCGGCUCAAGCAGCGGCUCGAGGCGCUCCGGGACAUGCACCGCUUCGGCGAGGCGCUCGAGGACGCGCGGGGCAAGGCGAGUUUGCUGCGGGCGGGCUGCGCCCAGCUCGACGCGGCCGCGAAGCAGAAGGGCGGCGCGCUCCGGUCCGCGCUGCGAUGCGCGUUGGGCGUCGGCAACGAGCUCAACGCGGGCACGGCGCGCGGCGACGCGCACGGCUUCGCGCCGGACUUCUUGCCGAAGCUCGCGACGAUCAAACAGAACGACGCCAAGGCCGGCACGCUCAUGAAUCUGGUCGUGACGCAGCUCGAGGACGCCAAGGGCGCGGCGCUCGCCGCGACGCUCGCCGGGGACCUCGCGGGCGUCGGCGCCGCGGCGGCCGUCGACGCGCUGGAGAUCGCCGGCGACCUGCGGAAGCUCGAGGCGGCCCUGGCGAAGAGCGUCGGGGCCGAGCUCGAGGUCUCGCGGAAGGGCGGCGACGGCUCCGCGAGCAAAUUCGUCGAGACCUUCGGCCCCUUCUACGCCGACGCCACGGACAAACUCAAACGGGCGCACGACGACUACGCGGAGACGAAGACCCUGGCUUUGGGCGUCAAGAAGAAGUUCGGCGCGGGCGACGAGCCGACGCUCCAGGACGGCGGCUGCGCGAUCAAGGCGUUCCUCGCGCAGGUCCGCGACUUCGCGGCGGCCUUCGAGACCGCGCGCCUCGCCAACGUCAAGAAGCGCCAGCUCGCGGCGCUCGAGGCGAAGCGCAAGGCCGAGCGCGCGGCGCGCGACGCGGCCAAGGCGAGGAAGGCCGAGGCCGCCGAGGCGCACAAGAAGAAGCUCGCGGACCUGCCGCCGGGCGAGGCGCCGCCGCCGCCGCCGAGCGACGACCUCUUCAACGCCUUCGCCGCGUCCCAGAACGCCUCCGCCGACGAGAUGCUCGCCAACUUCCAGCGCGGCGUCGCCGCGAAGCUCGACGCGCGCCGCGCGCAGGCGCCGGCGUACUCGACGAGGACGGGGCUCGACGUCGGCGCGCCCGUGGAGCUGAGCGACGACGAGUCCCAGGUCACGGCGACCUUCUGGCCGGACGCGCAGUGCGAGCCGACGCUGCAGCUCCUGACCCCGCAAGCCAUGCGCUCCCUCGCGCGCUCCUUCGUGCUCGUCGCCGCCGUGGCGUCGGCGGCGAAGAAGCAGAAGGACGACAAGAUCAAGAUCACGUUCACGAACAAGCUCGACGGCCCGGCGACGCUCUACGUCAUGGGCAAGAAGAUGCACGCCUUCGCCGCUCAGGGCGAGAAGCACAGCGCGCGGUCGUCCGACGGCCAGAGCUGGACGGCGCACGACGCGCGCGGCGGCGAGGUCUUCCACUACGUCGUCCGCGAGAAGGACGGCCCCGACCAGCGCGUCGACGUGUCGCGGGGCGUGUCGCGCCGGACGAUCAUGUCCAUCGUCGAGAGCGAGGACCACCACCUGCACCGCGUCGACGGCGGCGGCGACGCGAACGCCGCCGGCUGCGCGGACCCCGUGCGCGCCGGCGACCGCGUGAACGUCGUCGCGACGGGCGUCGACGGCGCGCCGCGGCUCUCCUUCUCCGACCACGUCGUCCACGCGGUCGGCGACAGCGACCCGGCCGACGCCGCGUGGAUCGUCGAGGGCGACGGCGAGGGCCCGCUCUUCCCCGGCGGCGCCGUCUUCCUCAAAUCCGAGAAGCACGGCGUCUACCUCGACGCGCCGCCGCCCGUCGAGGGCAAGCACGUGCCCCUCCUCGCGCGCUGGCGCGACCGCGGCGACUUCCAACGCUUCAUGCUCUUCAAGGCGCCGGACCACGACGACGCGCCCCUGAGCGCGCUCUGCUACGGCGACGCGGCCUACCUCCUCGCGCACACGCGCAACUUCGUCGACAGAACGAUGGGCUGCUGCCUCAGCAAGCGCGAGGACCGCAACGACUACGACCUGCUCACGAGCGACGACAUCGUCGGCGAUGUGGACGGCGGGCUGCUGUCGGAGCAGCUCCAGGAGUUCGGCUUCUUCCGGCGGGCGACGACCAUGUUCCGCGGGCGCAAGUCGACGGUCGUCGGGCGCCGGCCGACGGUCGCGAGGAAGACGCGCUACUCCAUCUUCGCGAGGAAGCCGCGCGUCGUCGUCGCGGCCGCGGACGCGGACGACGACGCGGCGGCGCCGGCGCGGCCGCUCCGGGAAGAAGCCGCGAAACCGGUCGCGGCCGCCGAGGCGGCCGUCGAGGACGCGGCGGCGCGGCUGCGGCGCGCCGAGGCGGCGGCGCGGGUGGCCUUCGCCGAGCGCUGGGUCGUCGGCGUACGGGUGGCGCUGCGGGACCAGUGGAUCGCGCGGGGCGAGGCGUCGCACCUCCGGGACCAGUACGCCAUGGACGCGCGGACGGCCGCGCGCUUCGUGAAGCAGGGCCACCGCCACGGCAAGGAGAGCAUGCUCCAGGCGAGCGUGAAGAAGACGCGGGACGCGGGCGACUCGGGCGGGCGCCGCGGCGGCACGUCGCCCGCGAUCGAAAAGCGCGAGCUCGCGCAGGUGCCGCGGCGCCUCGCCGUGCGGCCCAAGAGCGCGAAGCGGCGCAAGGGCGUGCAGAUGAAGUCGAAGAACUGGGACCGGCGCUCCGCGAAGGCGCCGAGCGAAAAAGUGCAGGCGCAGCUCGACCGGUCGCGGCGGCGCCGCGAGGGCCGGCCCGAGUCGUCGUCGAGCUCGUCCGACGACGACUUCGUGGCGACGGAGAAGCGACGGGCGCGGCGCGGCGCGACGGCGCCCGCGAAGCCGCCGACGCUCCGCGAGAAGCUCGGGCUCGCGCCUCCGAAGAAGCGGCCCUGGGACGACGGCCACCACGUCGCUCCCGAGGCGGACCCGGCCCAGCCCGCGGCGUACCGGACCCUGCGCGAGAAGCGCGCCGUCGCCGAGACGGACGACGCGUCGUCGUACCUCGACGAGAGCCUGGUGAAGCCGUCGCUCGCGAGACGGCGCGCGCGGUCGCCGGAGCCCAAGGCGACGAAGAAGCUCCGGGGCGCGCUCGGCAUCCACGACGCGUGGGACGAGAGUUUCGCCUACGAGACGUUCCCGCGGCCCAAGCUCCCGGACGUCGCCGCGCGGCGGGGCCUGGACCCGGAGCCCGUCCGGCCGGGCAAGGGCGCGUUCAAGCCCUACGGCACGCUGUCCAAGGAGCGGAGCGACCACUUCCGGUCCUUCCAGGAGCGGCCCUGCCGCAAGAAGGCCAUGCGCGAGUACGCGAAGCUCGCCGUCGCGCGGCGCCGCGGCGACGAACAGCGGCGGUCGCGCGACGCGGCGCGCCUCGACCGCGCGACGUCGCUCCGGUCCUGGCGGAGCUCCGACUACGACCGCGCGCCCGGCGACCUCUUCGCGACGACGGGCGGCUCCGCGGUCGUCACGCCCGCGGGGUCCACGGUCGGGCCGCGGGGCCGCGCGUCGCGGAGCCCGUCGCCGACGCGGCCGGCGACGGCGGGCGCGCGGCCGCGGCCGCGGCCGUCGGACCUCGGGUCCGGGAGCGUCGCCUCGACGCCUUUACGUCGGCCGUCGACGGCGGGAAGCGCCUAUUCGACGCCGCUGCGGCGGCCGUCGACGGCGGACGCGAGGAGCCGCGCGUCCGCGGCCUCGCGGCGGCGGCCCGCGACGCCGAACCCGCCGUCGGACGCGGAGCUCCUCGGCCGCGGCUCCCUGUCCGCGGCGACCUUCGACACGACGCUCGUCGCGGCGGGGCCCCGGGCGAAGCGGCCCGAGUCCGCGCCGAAGCGGGCGAUGAAGGACCAGCUCCAGGACCCGGAGAUGCCCUACAAGUGCAAGCUCCAGCGGCCAAAGUCCGCGACGGGCGUCGCGGGCAUGGACGUGGGGCCCGUCGUCUUCGAGCGCAAGGCGCGCGCGCUGCUCAAGAAGAUUUGA